UGUCUGUUGUGAAAGUUUGCUUGAGUUGCUAUGGCUACCCCAGCUGGAGCUCGCGGUACCGUACACAGACUUCAGCUCCUGCUGCUAUAAUGCUGUAGUUCUCCAGCCCCCCCGGGCCGUUCCCUGCGGGACAGACAAACAGAUCAGCCCUGCACUGACUCUGAGCUAAGAACAACAUGCCCUUUGUAAAAUAUCCUAGGACUGCAGAGCCUUUCUGGAAUGAAUGGGACAGGAAAGCCCAGAAAAAUGGAUUAAGACACGCUAUUUAUGCUGUAAAUGGGGAUCACUAUACUGGGGAAUGGCUGGACAAUUUAAAACAUGGUAAAGGAACGCAGAUCUGGAAACGCACAGGAGCAAUAUAUAAUGGUGACUGGAAGUUUGGAAAACGAGAUGGAUAUGGAACGUACAGUAUUCCUGAUCCUGUAACUAAAGGAUAUAAGAAAGUGUAUUCAGGCUGGUGGAAAAAUGACAAAAAAUGUGGCUACGGAACUAGAUUUUAUUCAGACACCGAAUAUUAUGAAGGGGAAUGGAGCAGUGGGCAAAGAAGUGGUUGGGGCAGAAUGUACUACAAGGAUGGAUCCAUCUAUGAAGGGCAAUGGCUGAAAGACCAGCACAGCGGCCAGGGAAUGCUUCGCCUAUCACAUGAAAAUCGGUAUGAAGGAACCUGGAAAGAUGGAAAGAAACAUGGGCCAGGAAAGUUUUUCUACUUGGACAAAGGACAGUUGUUUGAAGGUUUCUGGGUUGCUGAUGUGCCAAAGUCUGGCACUAUGAUUGACUGUGGCAGGGAAGCAGCUCCAGCCCCUACUCAGUAUCCAAUCCCAAAGAUUGAAUUGGCCAAUCCAGAUGGUGUUUUGGAAGAGGUCUGGGCAAUAUUUGAUGACAGCCAAGAAGAAGAUCAAAUGGAUGCUGGGAGAAGAUGAGAGAGUGCAGUCCUUGGUUUCCUCAUUUGGAACAUUGUCCUAGGUCUGUAGAACACCAUAUUGGGCUGCGCUCUUUAAAGCAGAGAGAUCUGCAAGCUCACUCUGUUUCCAAACACUUUGCUAGCACCUCCAAACUGUCCGUGUGGACUUCUUUCUGUAUUCAUAUUUCCAAAUGAACUAUUUUGCUUGGGAGUUUGGAAGCUGAAGAGACCUUGUAGGAAGAAAUAAUCCUGCCCACAAAUAUACUGAAGUCAGUGGCUUUCUCCUAUGAAACAGGAAACCAACUUCUAGGCUGUUUUAAUGCCAUACAAUACAGUCAAAUAGACUGAAAGCCAAGCGCACACCCUUUACACUAUCUUCCAGUCGCAAGAAUUUGAGUCAUGGCAGAAUCUUGGAAGAUGCAUAUUUUCCGUUCUUCAAGCCACAAACACAAAGUUAAUUUAGUCCUAGUGUUAAAUAAGGGACGCGCAGAUGCUAGCAUUGCAUACUCAUCAGCCAGAGACUGGCUGACAGUUGUCAGCCUGGUAUUGCAGAACAAGACCAUGUCUACUGGUGGCCACAGAAGAAAGCAGCUACAGCAGCCUGAAUUUCUUCCUACUAUAAUUCCAUGAUGGUAGCUGCAUUAACAAUCAGCUUACAAACUCCUGGUAGCUUUCCUGGAACUUGAUAAUGUAAGAGUAAUUUUUUUGCUGGAUUAUAUACUAACUAAACAAACACGAGUCUGGUUUGCAGCCUGACUCAGGACUCCUGCAUCACAGUGGCAUGAAGUUAGCCUUCAGUGGAACAGCUAACCCUAAAGCAAGAGCACUAAGUGCUAUCCCUACUCUCCAUGUCCAGUUAAUCAAAUAGAAUCGACCCAACAGUGCUGGUUUCUUUUUAAAAACACCCCAUUAUUCUUAUAGGAUACUUUUUUUUGAGCUGAGCUUGAAUGCAACAACUAAGCCUUUGCACCUUUGAGGAGUAUUUCUCAUUCAAGCUCCAGUGAAUAAGCUUUUUGUGGAUGAACAAGGUCAGUUGGAGUUCGAGUUCUCUGCACAGCCUAUAGAGCCACACUUGCAUCAUCUAUUUAAUCUGCCCUCUGAUUUAGCUUCAGUGCUGCAGUCUAGCCAGAUUGUGACACCCGACUGCACUGGUCACAUGGCCGUACUCACUUCCACAGAGAGUGAACUUCUUCAUUGAACAACUGGGGGAGAAGGGCACAGUCUUAGCUCAGUACAAGUUACUUCUUUUCAGGGCCUUUUCCCACUUGCACACGAGAUGGGAGGCAGGAUUUCUCUAACAUGCUGUAGGAAACUGGAACAUUGGAAAAAAACUGAAAUGCCCUCUCUCUUGUACCCCUUCCCCACACCCCUCUUGCCUUCCCCCAACGACACUUAGUAGAACCCACCAUUGCACACAGAAGCUGAGCUUCACACAAAUGUCAAGCAGGCCCGACAGAUCUGGGAAUGGAUGUUGCCACAAACCAAAAUGGGCUUUGCAACAAACCGAGUUCUAAUUCUUUUUCCCCCCCUGCCAUCAAUAUAAGAUUGCAUCUUUCUCUCGACAUUUAAUACAAGUAAGGAUGAGAGAAUUUAACCACUCUGUGACCAAAAGUCACCACUGCCAAUUUUAGCAUCACAUUCUACCAUCACAUCCCUCUGGUCUUUAGUGCGUGCGUCUACAUGUUGCCAUAUGGCGACAUAGUGACGCACCAUGCCGCCCUACAGUGACAUAGCAAUCAUGUGAAUCUACACACGAUAGCUAUGUUGCUGUCGCAGCGCAGUCCCUGCUUAUAGCGCACCACUACAGCAAUGUAGCAGGGAAAUCUUCAUGUGUGCCGCCUGUACGGUGCAGUAUGGGCAGUUAUUGCUCCGUCACUAAAAUACGGUGAUGUGUAGACAUGGCCAGUACGUCAUAACCGUCAAGUAGGAUUGCUACCUUGAAGUCAAUGGAGCCACACCAGUAGCUUCAUUUCUAUAUUGGUACAAGGACUUCUUUUUUGUAGCAGACUGCCACUAGGUUUUGUAUGAGCACACUAUUUGUAUGUGGCACUGCAACCAGUUAACAAGAGCCAGUGUUAUGAGUCAGGGACCACAUCAUGAGAUCAUCUGUUUACACCACACUUCCAAAUAUCGCUCAUUUUGUUUAUCGUUCUUUUAACUUUUCCUGGCUCUCAUUUGAGUAAGGGUCUUCUUUUUCAGACACUCCAUAGAGAAUAACACCAACACAAUUCUUCGUCCCAAGAAACAAGCAGUGUCAGAAUUAGGAAACAUGCUGAGACUAUAUUAAGCUUGUUAUGCUGACUAACAGCCAGAAAGGAUUUGCCUUUGUCUGGAAAACUAGAGAGAACUUUGUAUCUGACACACUGCAUGGUUAAACACUGAACAUGUUUAAGAGGACAUCCACAGGAACCUGGGGUUGCAAUAAGUACUGAAGGUGUGCAUUGUCUGGCGUCUUGACAAGAUAAAAUAACCAUGCCAACCAAGUAUAUUUUUAUUUAAUUAUUAUAAAGUCAUUUAUAUCUAAGUAAAAGCUGUAUACAGUAACUGAUGUUUAAAGUAUCUGAGGUAAAUGCUUAAUACCAUUAGUAUAAAUAAGGAAUAAAAAUAAAAUGGUGUGCUCUACUGUUCAGAGUACACACUUGGCAUUGUAAGUUCUGGCCUUUCGUCUGCCCACCGCUCAGGUGCAUGGCUGCACAAGACAAGACAACUGCGCCAUUUACCCGGUUGUCAAAUGGAAGAAACACAAGAGCUGUGUUGAAAAGUGCAGUUAUAGUCAGAAAACAUAUGGUCAUAAUGACACUCACUUAAAAGUACAGUGUUACUUGUAGCUCCACAUUUUCCUCUACUGCUGUAUGAAAGACUUGCAACAUACAGGUAACAGACUACUUUUGUCCAGGCAAACAGUAUAAGUGAUUACAUGGAAUAAGCUGGGGAAAAAAAGUGCUAACUUCUCAUUCACAAUCAUUUUAAGAGAGUUGCAAUUGUGGACACAACAUUUUCAGGGGGAAGUAUCCCCAGACCUGAUAGUGUCCCUUUGAUUCUGUUUGUACACUAGUGCAAAUAAUUCAGGCUGGCUUGGUUUACAAUGGCUUUGUAAAAAGCUAGUUUCCCCAGGAAAAGGUAGAUAUUGUUAGCUUUAGUACUGUCAACAAUUUUAGUAGAGGAUGGGAAGAUAGAUCAGUGGUUCUCAACUUUUUUUGAUUUCAGGCAUCCUUGACAGACUCAAGACACCCCACAUUAGACUCGGGGUUCCCCUCCAGAACCUGGCAGGGAAGAUUCGCAGCCUGUACUUCUGUCCCGUCGCUCUGGUUGAGAAUCACUGGACUAGAGUUUAGGCCUAGGCUGCUACAACUUUCAUAACUGUUUUAGAGUGCUGCUCCAACAACUGAAGUAAAUGUUUACUAAUUUAAUCCCAUCAGCACUGUAGGAACGAACAGCCACGGCACAACUGGAAGGAUUCUGGUCGUAAACAAAAUCAUUAAUUUUAUUUUGGUUACAAAGACUACAGGCCGGCAACAUCAGAACCAGAAUGAAUCCAGUUCAACUUUCAGAGUCCAGGAACAAUUUGUGGGGAUGGCACUUGGGAAGGGGUUUUCUUCCUUGCUAAUUAACAAAAGUAUACUGGAUGCAAGACUGUUUAAGACAACUAUGGUACUCCUCCUUUGACAUAAUUUCUGAAUAUAAACUGCACUUUUGGUCUAGCCUGUCUAUCAAGUGUGGUUCCAAGAAACCAGUCCCAUUCACAUCAGUGAAUGGGAAUAAACACCACACAUUUGACAGGAAAUCUUUGCAAAAUUAGGACCUUAUUUAUAAAGCGCAUUGAGAUAUCUGGAAAAAGAGGGGCUGGGUGUAAUGGACUAAAUUUAAACCAGGCAUAAAAAGGCACAACUUCCAUCAGGCUGAAUCCGAUACAAUAAAUCUCAAAAUUACACUCUCUAGCAUACAGCUAUGAGUGGGGUCCCUGUUCUUUUCCAGUGGAUUUGAAGAGUCACAAACCAGUAUUUCCUGGAUUAAAAAAACACCAACCCAAAUCCUUUUCACAUUAAAACCAAAUCACUUUCAUCCUUCAGCAAUGUCAGGAAAACCCUGCAAAAAACAAUUUACUCGUAAAUAGACCUGGAAUCAAACCCACUCUGAAAGAAUCAGGGACAAAACUUGUAGUCCUCAGGCAAAAUAACCCUUCUCAUUGAAGUCAGUGAAAAGAAGUAGUUUUCACCUGAGGAACUAUACAGUAUAUUUGAGGGAGAAACUUCGAAUUUUGAGAUAACAGCUUGAGGUUAAAAACAGUAGCCUCAUUCUAUCAAAGAUGCAUGUGUCUGAAAAAAGUAAGCAGCAAUAUUACAAAUCACCCAUUUUCAUAAAUAAGUCUAUAUAGAAAGUAGUCUUCCAGCACCUCUUGGAAGCAUGAUCAUAGAAGACAAAAAUUAUUAAAAUCCUAAAUACAACAACAUUUGAGCAAGCAGUUUUUUCUAACAAAACCAAGGCAUAGCUAAUUACUUGGGAGUCUAACACAGACCUUUUAAGUGCCUUUUACUGUCUGUAUCAGAGAAUUUAUUCAAAAUAUAUAUAUUUUUAUAUAAAAAAAAGUAGAAAAUAAUUGCUACUUUGGCUUGAAAGAACAGCAAUUGUUCCGGCAUAAUUAGGUGUCUACCAUUUUUUGCCAUGGAUAGGACUCCCUCCACCCCCCUCCACAUCACACUACUAGCAACAAGUUCUCAAGCAAAAAAAGUCCAGUGAUAAUUUCCAUUUAGCUUUCUUCUUUUCUUUUUUUUUUCUUUUUUAAAAGGUUCCUAAAUAGAAACAAGCACUUUUAUCUUUUCAGAUAACAUGUGCUGGCUCAAAGAUAUUACAGCAGUUAUUGCUUUUCUGUACAUUUUCUUCCAAAGAAGAAUACAGGUAGGGCCUCAGUCCUACUGAUGUGGCUCAUAUCACAUCAUAAAAAGACUGGUCCUGAAGGGUUAGAUAACUUAUAGCUGCCACAGCAAGUGGUGCUAGAGUAAUAAUUACCUGGCAGCAAAAUAUGACUUGGGGAGGCCAAGGGAAAAGAAGGGUGUGGUAGGGGAAGCUU